UUUGUAUAAGUAAAAACUUAACCUACUUACUUUAAUUAAACUAUAUAUAUAAAAGUAGUAUUUCAAAAUUUGAAUAGAGAGAAAAGGAAAUAGAGUUUAUAGUUAUGGUUUUCUUGUUCUUAGAACAAAUUUUAGGUGUGGAAGAAAUUUUUUAUAGCAAGAAAACGAAGAAUAUUAAAUAGUUGAAGAAGAAGAAGAGAUGGUGUUUAAGGAUCUUUGUUGGUUUUUUCAUAACUCAGUUUUUGCUGCUAACUGAGAAUUUAACUUAUUUUGGGAAUUUUUAUAGAGUAAUAGAUGUAAAAUGGAUGUUUCAGAGCAUACACGAAUUGUAUUCAACAAAAUCAAGAAAAUUGAACCUGAAAAUGUUACAAAGAUAAUCGGGUAUCUUUUAUUACAAGAUGGGAGUGAUCAAGAAAUGGUUAAUCUUGCUAUGAGUCCUGAUGUGGUGAUUCAAGAAGUGAUUUAUAAGGCUAAAUCAGAAUUGAAUCAAUUUGCCCUUAAAACCGCUUCCGCUCCGCUCUCACCGUCGUUGAAUUCGCAUUCGCCAUCUGCGGUUUCCGAGUUUUCGUCACGGUUCAGAUCAUUCUCACCUGUUUCGUCUAGGUCUUUUGUGUCGUCACCAAACUUUCGGGUUCCGCCCGCCUAUUGGGAAUCUCAGGUCGCGUCUAAACAUGGUUCGGAUUUUGCGGCAAUGAGUUAUCAAGAGGCUAUGGCUGAAGUACAAAAUCAAGCUCAAUUCUUGAGUUUGGAGGAUCAAAUGGAAUCUGUCAAUUCGGGAAAUGCAGGUUUUCCGAAUGAUUAUUUUUACUCGGAUGCUGCAUUGGCUAGUUUAAGCGCACGGGCAGGUCGUCGGUUUUCGAGCCUAAAUGAGAAUCCUAUGAGGAUUUGUCACUAUUACAGCAAGGGUUACUGUAAGCAUGGAAGUAAUUGUAGAUACUCUCAUGGACUAGUUUCAGAUAGCUUUUCUCGAACAUUCGAUGCUACCACGAACGAUGAUCAAUUUUUUUCACCGGGAUCGCUCGAGAAGUUGGAGUUGGAAAUCAUAGAGCUCUUGAAAUCGAGAAAAGGAUAUCCAGUUUCAAUUGCUUCUCUUCCUAUGAUAUACUAUGAGAAGUACGGAAAAGUUCUUCAAGCCGACGGAUACCUCACGGAGAGUCAGAGACACGGGAAAGCUGGUUAUAGUCUAACUAAGCUUCUUGCUAGAUUGAAAAAUAGCAUUCGGUUGAUCGACAGCAGGCCUCAUGGUCAGCAUGCAGUAAUUUUGGCAGAAGAUGUCCCAAAAUACAUGGAGCAUCGCGGUGAUAGAAAUGACCCCGGUCCAAUUGUUAGUGGAUCACGACAGAUAUAUCUAACGUUUCCAGCAGAGAGCACCUUUACAGAAGAUGAUGUUUCUAAUUACUUCAACUCUUUCGGACCAGUUGAGGAUGUGCGAAUUCCUUGUCAACAGAAACGGAUGUUUGGUUUUGUUACCUUCGAAAGUUCAGAUACGGUGAAGAUGAUUUUGGCGAAAGGAAAUCCUCAUUUCGUUUGUGGUGCUCGGGUACUAGUGAAACCUUAUAGAGAAAAAUCAAAGCUUAUGGAUAGGAAGUACCAGGAGAGAAUCGAGUCUCCAAUGUACUUCUCCUCUCACUAUGUAGAUAUGGAUGCUGAGCUUCAUUCAAUGCCAAGAGGAUAUGAGACUUCAAGGUUACUGAGGAAGCAACUACUGGAAGAGCAGCAAGCUUUUGAACUCGAGCAAAGGCAGCGCAUUGCAGAGCUGCGAAUUCGGAAACCUGUGUCUCACCAUUCCUAUUUCGGCUACUCCAUGGAUGGUUUAAAACUAUCCGAAGAUAAUAACAAUUUUCCGAAUCUGCUCGAUUUCCUCGACAAUGGCUUAGCAAAUGAUGAUAAAAUGAGGCACAUAGAGACAAAUUAUUCUGAUCAAGACAGCCAAGGGCUAAACUUACCGGAGAGCCCAUUCGCAUCUGCAGUAGCUAGUACCGUCAUAUAGGUUUCAGCAACACAAGAAAAUUAUAGAGUUACGAGAACAAAGACGACGACAUUUCCGUUUCCUGUCGUGUCAAUACAUAACAGUUUGUUUUCCUUUCCCUUUCCCUUUCGUCGUUCCAUGUCCUCUUAACCUGUUCAGCAAAGUUAACUGCAACAUUUCGUGUCGAUACAUAACAGUCCGCUUUCGUUAUCCUAUUCCGUUUCGUUGUUCCAUAUCCCCUUAACCUGUUCAGCAAAGUUUAACUGCAAGAACCCGAAAUGCGGGUCAAAAGAAGUAGCAAAGCAGAAUAUGAUACACAUAGAGUUACAUACGUAAGAAGGCUACAGUAUUUUUUAUCUAAAUGUUACAGAAACAAUGCAAGAAGAAGAAGAAGUAGCGGAUGUAAUUAGUCUUUUAGUGGAAAACAGGAAUUAGAACAUAUUAUGUGAUGUGUUAAGAGAGAAGUUUGAUGUUUUUUAAAUCUCUGUAACACUCACUGAUAGAUGAAAUAACUUCUAUAAAAGUUUUAGUAAUUUGCUUUUUAUCA